AUGGAUGGGUUGAUCAGGGGUCAGUGGCCUCACAGCCUCUCCAGAUUUAGGGUGGCUCAGGUCGGUGCAAGCCCCAUGCCCAUCACGACCAACAAUAUAAUGCGCAGGCAAGAUGGGGUUAUGCGAAAACGCCGCGCGCGAUCAUUGCGCAAUAAGCUGAUGGAGUAUGCAGCUCUUUUCGACUUGAAAGUAGCCUUGAUAGUACAAGACGCAAAAACGGGUGAUUACGAGGUCUUCCAGUCUAAACGAAACGAGAACUGGCCACCAGCUAUUAACAGCAUUCGGCCCAAAAUCAUCCACGAUAUUCACGGAGGGGACUCCAGCCUCAAGAUUAUCCAACGCGAGCUCAACAGAAUGGAGAACACUAUCAAGCAAGCAAAAGUACCUGAGCCACCCCAACCACCAGCUGACUGGCAGGGUGUGAAGAAAUUGUCUUAG